AGCGGAGGAGGAGCGGGAGGAAGGGCAGGGAGAGGGGAAGGGGAGGAGCAGGAAGGCGAGGAGCACGAAGAGGAGCGGCCCGAGGAGGAGCAGCAGUGGCAGGAGCAUUGCGGGGCUCCACGGCGAGCCCGCUGAGCCCGCAGCUCGGCUGGCCCCGGCAGCAUCGCAUUGCCCUGCGUGCCGCGGCAAGCAAGCCAUCAGCGCUAGGUGCUCUGGGAGUCACCGCUCCACUCACGGCACACACCACUUACAAGUUCGGAUUUCCCAUUCCCAAACCUUAUCUGGAUGAAGGAGAAGGCUGCGAGGAAGGAGAAGAUGCUGAAGGACGCUGAGGCAGACAAGGAGCUGAGGAUGGAGAGCAGGGAGGACAAAUCCCCACGGCAGAACCUCAUGGACGAGGCCAUUUUGAGCAGCUCCAUGGCACAGGAAUCCAAUGGGGAGGAAAAGCCCCGGAGAUCCCUCAGGAGGAGGGGCUCCAAACCCAGCCCAGGAUGCUCUGAGGAGGAAAGACCCAGCCUGUGCCAGGAAGGCAGCCAGAGAUCUGGCCAGAGCUCUGAGGUGGUGGUCAAUAAGCAGCUUGACGAUGGCAAGAAGCCCCACCAGUGCUUGGAAUGUGGGCAGAGUUUCCUCAUGAGAUCCCGCCUGGUCCGCCACCAGAGGAUCCACACCAGGGAAUGGCCCUACGAGUGUGGGGAAUGUGGGAAGAGCUUCAGGGUCAGCCACCACCUGGUCAUCCACCAGAGGAUCCACACCAAUGAACGGCCCUAUAAAUGUGGAGAAUGUGGGAAAGGCUUCAGGAAGAGCGGCCACCUGAAACUCCACCAGAUGACCCACACUGGGAUACGACCCUACGUGUGUGGGGAGUGUGGGAAGGGCUUCCGUGACAGCUCUGGCCUGAUCAUCCACCAGACAAUGCACACUGGGGAAUGCCCCUACACGUGCCCAGAAUGUGGGAAGAGCUUCAUGGGGAACUCCAAGCUGAUUAUGCACCAGAGGAUCCACACUGGGGAGAGGCCCUACGAGUGCGGGGAAUGUGGGAAAAGCUUCAGCCAGAGAUGCCAUCUGAUUCUCCACCAGAGGAUCCACACAGGGGAGAGGCCCUGUAAGUGCAGGGAAUGUGGGAAAAGCUUCAGUGUGCCCUCCACCCUGAUCACCCACCAGAGGAUCCACACUGGGGAGAGGCCCUACAAGUGUGGGGAAUGUGGGAAAAGCUUCAGGCAGAGCUCCACCCUAAAUGACCACCAGAGAAUUCACACAGGAAAGAGGCCCUACAAAUGUGGGGAAUGUGGGAAAAGCUUCAGCCAGAGGUCCAGCCUGAUUCCCCACCAGAGAAUUCACACUGAGAAGCACUAUGAGUGUCCUGAGUGUGGGGAGAGGUUUCAGAGCAGAUACCGUCUCCUCAAGCAUCAGCAGAUUCACACAGAAUAGAGGCCCUUCCGCUGCCCUGACUGCAGGAGGGACUUUAAGAGAAACUCCACUCUCAUCACCCACCAUCUGAUCCACGCUGGGGAGAGGCCCUAACAGAGUCCCAAGUGUGGGAAGAGCUUCUCCCAGAACUCUACUGUGACCCAGCACCAAGGGAGGCAGCAGUAAGAGAAGCCCUACAAGUGCCCCGUGUGCGGGAAGAGCUUUGAGCGCUGCUCCAACUCCAUCCCCCACUGGAGGUCCCCCGUUGGAUGGUCCACAGUGAGACUUGGUGAUCCAUGGUCCUGGUGAUUCCUGUUAGAAAAACACGCGGCUGGUGGUCUGCACAUCUUCCUGGCUUCCCCUGGACACUUGGACACAGCCAGAGAAAAAUCCACUGGGAUGCAAACCGACAUCAGAAUUUCACAGGGGACCGCACAGUUUUUUACUUUCGACCCCAAAAAUACUCACCUUUUACAUCCAGUCAUUUCUUCGGGUGGCAUAAAGGAUGGUGUUGGAGGUUUUUUCCAACCUAAAUCAUUCCACGAUUCUAAUUCUCCCUGGACCAGAGACAUCUUUCAUAGCCAAAUGGUGAUGGACUGGGGCACAAAGCCAGGAUUUUGGAGGCAGUGGAGUGGAAAUUCCUCUAGAAAAGGUCCUUUCUACCCACCAGGCACAUGAAUACUCAGCCAGCAUGGACACGUAAAUCCUUUUAUUUUGGCCUUGAUUUUCUAUCAUUUCUGUUCAUCCCU